ACAUUUCCGGUUUGCCUUACGUUUGGUGCUACAUGCACCAAUGUUUAACCGAUUCAUAUUACUCGUAAUUUAUAUCUCAUGUUACUCGUAAUAAAGUGUUUCUAUUGCAGUUUCGCGGGUACCUUAGACAAUAAUAAACAGUCUGCUUUCCAAUGUAUCGUACAAGGUAACUAACUAGCAAUGCACAGUUAUAGACUUAUACAAACAGCCUGCAAGCCAGCUAUUAGAUGAAGUUGCAGAGGUAACACAUUGUAAUAGUCGUACAGCUGUCCUCACUCAGUUGAUCGGCGUUGUCCGUCAUUGCUGGAAUUUCGGGAUCAUGGCGUUCCCUCUACCCCGGCCACAGGCGCCACAGCUUCCCCAUCACUUGCUCCGCACGGUGGACUGUCAGCAGGGAGCAAUCAGAGCGGUUCGUUUCAACGCUGAUGGCAACUACAUUUUGUCUUGUGGCGGCGACAAGACCCUUCGGCUCUGGAGUGUGAACCGAGGAACUUUGCUGAAGACCUACAGCGGGCAUGGAUACGAGGUGCUGGAUGCUGACGGUUCUUUCGACAACAGCCACAUCUGCUCCUGUAGCUCAGACAAGACGGUGAUCCUAUGGGACGUGGCAUCGGGACAGGUUUCCCGAAAACUGAGAGGGCAUGCUGGGAAAGUGAACUGCGUGCGGUUCAACGAGGAGGCGACGGUCAUUGUGUCCGGCUCUAUAGAUGGCUCAUUGAGGUGCUGGGACACGCGAUCCAGGAGGCCCGAGCCGAUCCAGGUUCUGGAUGAGGCCCGAGACGGCGUGAGCAGUGUUACAGUGUCGGAGUAUGAGCUGCUGUCUGGCUCAGUGGAUGGCCGAGUGAGACGCUAUGACCUUCGGAUGGGGCAGCUGCACGUGGACUUCAUCAACAGCCCCAUCACCUGCGUGUGCUUCAGCCAAGACGGUCAGUGUACCCUCAGCUCCAGCCUGGACUCCACAGUCAGGCUGCUGGACAAGUCCACGGGGGAGAUGCUGAGAGAAUACACUGGCCAUAAGAAUACUUCAUACAAGCUGGACUGCUGUCUGUCCCACAAGGACACUCAUGUGUUAAGCUGCUCCGAGGACGGCUAUGUCUACUUCUGGGACUUGGUGGAGGGCUCUGUGUCGUUGAAGUUGCCCGUAGGGAAAGCGGCUGUGCAGUCACUCUCUUUCCACCCUUCAGAGCCCCGCCUACUCACUGCCAUGGAGGGCAGGGUUAUGGUGUGGGGGGCGGAGCCUGAGGACACGGCAGAGGAUGAGGGGCAACAGUGACGCUCUGAGACUUGGCAUAGAAUUGACUAUCUGUAAGCUGUGAGAAAACAUUGUCUAUAUAGUUUUUGUAAUAUUUUAGCAUUUUCACUCUGAAGAAGAAACAUUGUGUUCACAAUUUUCACAUGGAUUGUGGCUAUAUUUCUAUAAGAUUCAGUUGAAAUAAACUAUUUUGUUACACCA